AUGAAUAUCGAAACAACAAAGACAGCAACAACACAACUGUUGAAUGAAUACUACCAAAUCAGCACUCAAGCCAUACCAACACAGAGAGCCAAGUCUGAAUGGCAGGAUGACAACAAACGAGGUUUCUUCUUGGGCAUCAUCCAAGAGGGAGAAACCUCGCACACCACUCAGUUGCACGACCUGCUGGCUGCCAACCAAUUUGCAGAGCAGCAAGAGUUCUCAACCAAGGUCCAGUUGGCAGACUCAGAGCAUCCUCGUACAUUCAUUGACGAGAUGUUUGAGUACUACAUACUGCCAUUCCACAAAAAUUACAACAGCUCAUCCAGCUGCCACACUCCAGCUUCUUCAAGGGCACCAUCAAGAACCAACUCUGCUGGAAAUAUAAGCAAUGUCCCAAAAGAGAGUGAGCUGUCUCACAGGGACUUGAAGAAUGCUGUCGAGGAAAGAGACGUUGCCUGCUUGUUUUGCUGGGAAGGCAAUAAGCGAAAACUUCAAGGAGCACACAUCAUCGCCCAAAAAAACAUUGGAGUAGCGUACAACGAAUCCCCAAUCCUGUUACGAGCUGGUCUAGCGCAGAAACAUCAAGUCCAAAACGGACUGCUCCUUUGCUCUGGAUGCCAUAUCGAAUUUGAUUCCCUAAAGCAAUACGUGGAUGUAGUGGAUAACAAACUGGUGGUCAAGGUAGUCAAUGAGACGAAUGAUCCAACAAGCGAGAAGCACAUGAAUUGGGAACGAGCUGUUCGAAAUUUACGAGCAUUGCGCAUUGCUAACGAAGAAGACUGGGCUCGGAUUGAUAAUCGACAAGCAGUCGAAUCUAAUGGCGAGAUGGCAUUAUACUUUGUUCUUGGCGAUCCAACUCUGCAGCCAAACAGAGAUGCACUAGAGUUCCACAAGACAGCGUGUCUUAUUUGGCGUAUGGCUGGUGGUGCAGAAUCCGAUGAUGAGUAUUGUCCAUAUGAUGACGAUGGCUGUACUCCUGUAGAUUACCGGAGUAAGAGCAUCGAAAAAUGGAUGGACUCAAGUGCUACUUUGAUUAUUGAAAAUGUUCAAUAAAAUUGUGUAUUCAUUAC